AUGUGCUGCUCGGUGGACGAUGCUCCACCGCGGGCCCACGUGAAGUCCUUCGGGGACCCCUGCAGGUGUCUGCAGAUCAUAGUUGAGAAAACAGAGGACAAGGGUACUGACAGUUUGAUCCCACGGGACAUAGCGCAGCAGGCGGCAACUCCAUGGGAUGCACUGAAUACACAGCUGCUGGGGACUGAGGGCCGUGGUUUAAUUGUAGACAUCAUCAGGGAGGUUGUGGCCGAAUACUCCACCAGUGUGACGGCGAAUUGUACGAAGCUGCUCCAAUUCCAGGUUGAAUUCAGAGUACCUUGGAGAACAGUUGCCGCUCAGCCGUGCAGUUACACUCAAGUCGAGUCUUCUUCGUGCCUCUGGGUAUCGCCUACAAUCGCCGAAUUCCUACUGAGCUGCUUCGAAGCGCCUGCCUUCAUCAUCGUUCUUCGUCUGCCCUGCGGUGCACUUGGCUGCGCAAACGCCAGGUUUCUACCAGCCCCAGAUAAACCCCGUCACGUGGCUGGAAAGCCAUUGGGCAGCAGCAGCAGUGCCGUGUACACAUCGUAACUGUACCUCCGUGAAU